GCAAACAACUGCAAGGAUCUACCACACUUAUCAAUCUGAGAACUUCAAAUCACCCGAUCACAUUAGCGCUGAAACGAAUUUCUUUCUACCUCACAACACGACGCUAUAUAUCCUUCACCUUACGACCCUGACGCCAUGCACCCUUCGCUGCACGACGCAGACGUCGUGCAUCCUCAAUCUCAGAAAGCAGAUAUCGUGAACCCUCCAACUACAUCUCUGGCUUUUCAAUUAAAUCAAAUGCUUAUGAGAAAGCUACAAAAAGCGUUGGAAGCGGAUCCAGAAGUAGAUCUGACUUCCAAAAUCCCCUCAUCCCAUGCAGCUUGUUCUGGGAAUGACACGCCUUCAAAUCGCCUCAAGAUUGAUGUUUCGUCGGUCCCUGACGAUGUUCGACAUUUUCUUUACGAAGAUACCUCAGCCACAGUCCUGUUCCCGCUCUCUGAAUCAGUCCGAGGUCUUAUCGAAAGCGAUCAUGACGAAUCGUCUCUUGCUCGCAGUAUCCGCAAAUUGGUUGAGCGGAGCGAAGUUGUCUGGACGCCUAAGUUUGGCAAUCACAAGAUCGUCCUCAAGUGCAGUUCUGGUGUUGCUCUCAAGAUUAUACUGAAACCGGACAACUUGACCGAAUACACAACCCUGCAAUACCUUGAGGAACACAAACUCACCAUUCCUGCGCCAAGGCCACACGGUCUUAUACGCCUUGGUAAAUGCUUCCUUGUCUUUAUGUCUCUUGUGCCUGGCACGACACUCGAGGCAGUCUGGCCAGAAUUAGAUGACGUCCUUAAGCGCUCAGUCCAAGCACAGCUCAACGAUAUAUUCAUCGAGGUACGGUCUUUGACUCGUCCCGAUAGCAUGCCACUUGGACGUGUUGCAGGGGAAGGUUGCCAAGAUUUGAGGAGACACGUUCGCUGCAAAACAGACCCUGUUUGGACUACAGAAGGUUUUGACAACUGGCAAUUCUCCAAUCUUCAUUUUGGAAGCCCGAUUUACAUCAAAGUCCUCCGAAGUCUCUGCCCGCCCCUAUCACAGAAGCAUGUUCUCAGCCACAAUGAUCUUCGGCCUGAGAAUAUUAUAGUAAAGGUUGAAGGAGGGGAAUGUCUGGUGACCGGUAUUAUAAACUGGCAAUAUGGCGGCUUCUAUCCAGAAUACUACGAGUCUACGAAGGUGAUGGAUGGAUUGUCCACGAACGAAGAUAGUGAUUGGUACUUGUUCAUUCCUGAAUGCAUCUCUCCGCUUCGGAACACGGAGAAAUGGCUUCUAGACGCUCUCAGGUGGAAAUAUGUAGCGUAA